CGAGAUAGCUCCGUUCUCUUCAGUCUUCAUUGUGUAGACACAAUAUUUGACUAUAUUUUAAUAUCUGGUUUGGGCGUGAUCAACGUUCAGAAACUGGAUUAGCAAAGUAGGCGUGAAUUCUUAGGACAGCAGCAGUUGAUGCAGAGGAUGUUCAUGCGGCGCUAGGACCCAGGGGACAUGUUCUCUUUCUCACAAGGCACAUGCAAUUUGCAUGCGUGUGUUCUGCAAGGCAAACACGGGUGUGUGAGUGAAACCUAAACCACCGGAAGAUCGAGGAACAGACUCGCAUACACGCUUAUUGGUGUAGGAUCACACUGUCGUGAUGGGAAGCUUUCAGUCUUUGCCGGAUGACCAUCAAUAUCGGACCCUGUCACAGAAGACAGGCUUUUCACUGGAGCAGAUCGCAAUUCUCCACAAUCGUUUUAAGCAGCUCAGCCAAAACGAGGAAACAUUACGGAGAGAUGACCUUAAAACAAUCCAAGACCUAGAAAGCAACCCAAUUCGGUCCCAGAUUAUAGAAGCUUUCUUCGAUAGUAGGAACUUCCAGAAAGAUGGUGUGGGAUCUGUGGAAGAAAUUGGUUUUGAGGAAUUCCUUACGGUCAUGUCGUACUUCAGAGCACCACCCCAACAUAUCACAGAGGAGCAGAGAGAAGAAAUGAGAAGAGCCAAACUGCGCUUCCUGUUCAACAUGCAUGACACCGACAAUGAUGGAACCAUAACACUGGAGGAAUACAGACAUGUAGUAGAGGAGUUGUUGUCCCGUAGUGGAGCUCUUGGAAGAGAGACCGCUAAAGGCAUUGCAGAUGCUGCAAUGCUGGAGGUUGCCAGUAUCUCAGUAGGUCCCAUGGCACCUGAUGAGUUCUAUGAAGGAAUAACAUUUGAGCAUUUUUUGAAGAUUCUUAAUGGAGUUGAAAUUGAGACGAGAAUGAACAUUCGCUUCUUAAACAUGGAUGCAACCGUUUUGUGCAAGUAACAUUAGGUCUAAAUACUGCUGGAUAAAUGUAUAUUUUCCAGUAAAAUAAGCACUUUAUUAGAUGAGGCUGGUUUAGAAUAGUUUGGAUAGAUCUCUAGUUCUGUGAAUUAUUUGUAGGAUACUCUGAGUGUAUUUUACAAAAGUUGAAAAGCAAUAAGAAAAGUGUGUAUUGAUAUCUAAAAAUCCUUGCUUUGCAUGCACAUAUUACAUAAUUAUGGUACGAUAGAAUUAAAACUAUGCAGGCAUGUAUUUAUUUAUUUUACUUAAUUUUUGUAAUUAUUUUGUCUUUAUUCUAAAAUAACCUAUA